AUGACAGGUACAGGUAGAGUUCCUUUAUGGCUAGUUGCUACUGUAGGUGGUAUAGCUGCUAUAACAGUUCUAGGAAUUUUUAUUUAUGGCUCUUAUUCAGGAAUAGGUUCAUCUUUAUAA